AUGAGAAUGAGGCUCUCAUCCGUGGUCGGCGCCGUCCUCGCGCUGUGCAACGGAGUGCUCGGGGCAGAGUCGAAUCUCACAGAACAUCGAACCACGCAAAAGAUAUUAACGGGCGACUUCAAACCUCCCCAAGUAUUCGAGAACACCAACCUCGUUCGGACUAUCAACCUCGAGAAAGGCUACGUGAGAGAGACCACCAAUGUGCUGGUCACAAACACGGACAGCUCACCACAGUCGGAGUACUAUAUCCCCUUCGGAUAUGACCUGAUUGGCAAGAUUGGCGGCUUUGACGCCCGGGACAAGAAGAAGCCAGAAUUUCCCUUGGAGGUCACCAUUGCGGCGUUGUCUGCUGUCUCGGACGACCAGGGCGAAGCUUCAAAACCUACUCAAUACUAUGUCAUCCAUCUCUCGGAACCGCUGCCGCCUAAAAGCACCGUCACUCUCUCAAUAUCCUGGAAUGUGCUGGGAGUCCUUACGCCUUUGCCCGCCUCUAUCAGACAGGAAGAGAAGCAGUACCUUACCUACAAUUUCUCCGCCUACGUUCCCACCGUCUACAAGACAGUCAAACAGAAAACAAAAGUGAAGUUCCCAUCGGCGGAUGUGCCUGAAUAUACAACCACGACCGGCUUGACAUCGGCCACCGAUCCAGAAAAGCAAGGGACGUCAUUUACAUAUGGUCCCUACGACACUGCCAAGGUCGAACCAGGCACGACCUAUCCAGUGUCUGUGCGGUACGAGUUCAACAAGCCACUCCUCGUCUGCAGCCUCCUCGAGCGAGAUGUUGAAGUCUCCCAUUGGGGAGGUAAUUUGGCUACUGAAGAAAGAUACUGGCUUCGCCACGACGGUGCGAAACUUUCCAACCAAUUCUCUCGUCUCGCGUGGAGUACGCAAAACUUCUACAUCAGCGCAGGUCAGGGGUCUACCUCUGCCUUGCGGGAAUUGAAGGUCCCUCUGAAACCAGGCACCGUCGACCCGUAUUUCACCGACGACAUCGGGAAUGUCUCCACGUCGCGCUUCAGACCCAACAACGUCCGUGAAGCCAGCUUGGAGCUCAAGCCUCGCUACCCCUUGUUCGGCGGAUGGAAGUAUAGCUUCCGCAUUGGCUGGAACAAUGCUCUGUCCUCUAGCCUCCGCAAGCUCCAGACUCAGUCCGACACGUAUAUUUUAUCCGUUCCCCUGCUGGAAGGUCCCAAGAUGCCAGAAGGCAUUCAGUACGAGCAGCUUGUCUUCCGGGUCAUUCUGCCCGAAGGAGCCAAGAAUGUCAAAUGGCAGACACAUGGUGGAACAGGUGUGCCACCUCUGCAUGCCGAAUAUGAUUUCCACAAGACGUUCAUGGACACCUUGGGCCGAACGGAGCUGAAAUUGACGGCUUACAACGUCGUCGAUGAAGCAAGAGAUGUUACCAUUCUGGUGACCUACGAGUACCCGUUCCUGGCCGCCUUCCGAAAACCUGUGACUAUCUUCACCGGAUUGGCUGUGGUGUUUGUGCUCGCUUACUUGGUGGGCAGCGUGGACACGAGUAUUGGGAAGAAGAAGAGAUGA